AGAAGGAGUUUACGCACAUUUCAUUUAAACAUGUGAACGUAGAUAAUUAGUGACAUGAAUUGAUGAUUAGCCGUUGUUUUUCGUGCAGAGCAACACCCACAGCGUGGGUUAAAGCAUGCUUGUGUCUAUAUUUCAUUUUCAAAAGCAAACACACUCGGACGUACGGCCUACGAGCGUUAAAGAGUGCUCAAAGUUAAAUAAACUUUGCGUUAUCGUGUUUCCGGUCUAAAGGACGGGAAUGUCGUUGAAGCUCUUUGGAGUAGCCAUCCUUUCAUGUUUCUAUGACGAUACUUGGUUUGAUGAAACUACGAAAUACCCUCAAACAUACAUAAAAAUACCUACAAAUGAAUAAAAAUACAAUAAUCUGGAAUGUUAGUCAACACAGAAAAAAUAAAAUUCUUAUUAAGAUAUCGAUUUAAUACCCUUGAAUAUCGUCAUCAUUUAAACAACGUAAUUGCAUCCCUAUGGGCCGGAUAAAUGGUGUAGUUAUGGCAUUGAUUCAGAGGCCAGGAAGAGCUUUAGCGUGCACAAACGUCAGAAAUAUCAAAGCAUCUUCUUCAGUAAAUUACGGGCGGGUCUAUUGUAUUUUUUACUGUCUUCCUUUUGAAGAUAUUUUAAGCGAAGCUUGAGAUUAUAAAAAGGCGUUCAGUACUGCAAAUCACAAUCAUAAACACCGAACACAGCAGUCAUAAAUAUCAGAGAAGAAAUUGGAAAUUCUUAAAUAUUAAGUGAAAGAUGAGCGACAACAAAACCGCAAUUCUUGCUAACAAUCAACGCUAUCUUGCUUUACGAAACGUCUUUGGAAGAUUAACCAUAAUAGCUGAUGGAGAGCCAGGAUCGGCUAACGAAAUAGAAGUUCAAUUCAUCAUCGACCGAGGUACAAACUUCAACGUUAUUGCUAAUGGAGCAAGUAACACGAUCGUUCGAAUUCGACCAGCGUCUAACAACGGCAAAUAUAUCGCCGUUGACGGUUCGUCGAUUGUUUUAAAGGAUGUGCCAAAUUCUUUAGCUAUAAACGAUUCUUCGUUUGAUUUCUAUGAAGAAAAUGUUGCUGGGCAGUUCGAUACUGUUCGGUUUGUUCAUAGAGUUUCUGGGAGUUAUUUGACUCUUCAACGUGGUACAAAUCAGCUUGUCCUACAGCCCCCCUCGUCAGACAGAAACGCUUGGAUGCGCUUGAGAAAUAUAGAAAACAACAUAAGUUUAUUUCGAGCUGAGAUUACAGAGAGCGUGUACGUGGGGGAAAAAUUGGAAAAUGAAUUAUCCAGUGAAAUUUCAUACGAAAUCUUCAGCAACAGCGAAGAAUGAAAGGGUCGUAGUCGACGUGAAAAAGCGCCUUUACGAUGAAACUUUUGAUAGUUUUUUUUAAUGAAAUUUAUCUAUUUAUUGCUGUUUAUUUAGUUAGCAUAUUAAUAUUCCAACAUAAUUUGUAUAAAUUUAUCAAAGGGAUUUAUAUAAUAAUUUAAAUUUAUUUAUUUUAGCGCGAAUAUUUGUAUAAAAGUUGUCAAAUAAUUUUAAUGUGUAUUUAUUGAGAUUCAUACAACGUUUUUAAAAUUUUUAUGAAUAAAAUACAUUUUUUGAAAGAAA